AUGGUGCCAAGUGAGGCUUCAUCGGCUACGUACAUGCUACGUACGCUAUUUUUUUAUGUCUCUGCUGGACAAACGAAAUGAGCAGCAAUGAAAUCUGUUUGCUUCUCGGAGCGACGGGUGUCGGAAAAACGCUGCUGCUGAAACGUCUUCAAAAGCUCAAUUUGCAUGGAUCAUGUGAACUGGGGGCACCUCCUUCUACUCUGCCUACAGUAGGAACCAACCUGACAGACCUCACACUGAAGAGGAAAAAGGUGACAGUGAGAGAGCUAGGAGGCUGCAUGGGCCCGAUAUGGCCGAGUUACUUUAAAGAUUGCUCCUCUGUCAUUUUCAUGGUGGACUCAUCCAACAUUGCACAGAUAUCCUCCUCCUGUAUCCAACUGCUGUCAGUACUCUCUGCUGAGCCUCUGCACAGUGCUUCUGUGCUUAUUCUCUUCAACAAGAGGGACAUGCCUUGCACUAUGAGUCUCGUAGAGGUAAAGUCACUGUUUCGAAUGGAUGACAUCAUUGCAUCUGCUACUCAGCCAAUCACAAUACUGGAACUCAGUGCCCGUUCUGGAGAGGGACUUCAGGAAGUGCUGAGCUGGCUGGAGUCUAUCACAGUCAAGUGAUCUAUCAUACAUUUGUUACUUGUAAAGUGAUGCUACUGUAAAAGGACCUUGAAUGAGGUCUCCAAGCCUUUUGGCAUGAAAUGUCAGAAUCCUCAGUGUGCAAAGACUGUUUAAACACAACUUGAGAGGAUAUAAUGUGCCUAGUGUGUGUCAGACCCUCAAAUCAAAAGUACAGUUGGAUUCAAUGAAACCGUGGCAGGACAUAACAGUAUGAAAAACAAUACUUCAUUUUUGGUAUCAUAUGAAUAUAGUGACUGCCCAUCAAAGGAAACAAUGUAUUAGUCAAAUCAUAGGAGGAUGGAAUGAUUGUAUGGUUAGGCACUUAACAGUUAUUUAUACUGUCAUGCUAAAAAAACGUAUUUCUCUCAAUUAAACAUACAGUAUUAAUUCAUUCAAUUUCUAUACCUUUUAUGCAGGAGAAAUUCUGGACUUAUCAACAGUCCAUUGCAGGGAUUCAUGACUGACUGUAGUGUGAUCAUUCAAUAUGUGAGUGUGACAGACAAAAGGCAAGACUCUCCAAGCCAUGAGACUUGCAUGUUUUCAUAACAUUGGAGGAAAUCUCAUGUUACACUAAGGAAGGUCAAGUCUCCAUCUGAAAUAAAAUAAGCUCUUCCACCUUUAUUGUAACAACCUAUGAAAUGUGAGUCACAAACAUUCAAAUGAAGCUUCCCUUGUCGGAGUGACUCCUGUAAUGCUACAUAGUAGUAAUAAGUUAUUGCGUGCAGGGGAUGUAACGUGAAUGACAAACUGUUAUUGUGUGCCUGUGUUGUGAUGAUUUCAUAUCAAAUGCAUUGAUAUCAGGGGAAAUGAGAAAAUACAAAACAAUAAAACCAACCGAAGAAAGAAGGAGUGUUCUAAUUACACCCUUGUAUUUGAUGAGUCAGUGGUUCACAAACAAUUAAUAAAACUCAUGAUUCAUACA